AUGCUUCUUGCCGAUCAGACAAAGGGCUAUGAUAAGUGGACUCAUAAUGUCCGUGGUAUCAGUUGGGUCAUCUAUUAUGGUCAGGAUGAGCUGCUAAAAUCCAUUUUGAAGAUUGCAAAUGAAAACGGUAUGGAUGCCAGGGCAGUCCUAUUUAUGGGAACUACAACCACUGAAUCUGAAAAGGAAGCAAGCAGGUUACUGGUUCUUGCAUGUUAUGGGGGCAAUGAAGAUACUGUAAAAAUCUUGGUAUCACAUUUUAAAGCUAUAGACAUAAACAAACAUUCAAAGCAACCUUGUACAUCUGAUGACUAUCACGCAGAUACCCCUUUAACUGCUGCUUGUCGACGUGGACAUUUCCCAGUGGUCAAACUAUUGUUGAAAGCUGGAGCAAAUGUCAACCAAGUUAAUGCUUUCAACGAGUCACCUUUGUGUGCAGCCCUAGAAUCUAAGAAUAUCAUUCUAAUCAAAUUUCUACUUGAGAGAAAAGCAUCCCAAAGUUGGUCUACAUUAAGGCCUACGAAAGAACCAAUAGACAUUACUUUCCUUAAUGAAUUAAGAAAUGAAAAGCAAGAUGUCGAUACGUUGCUGCAGAUGGCCUCUAAAUCUGGCAAUGUUGGCACUGUCAAGUAUCUUCUAGAUGGCUUGACAGAUAGUGAUAAACAUUAUGAAUAUAAAACUUCGUCUUUACUUCUUGCUAUCAAACAUGGACAAAGAAAGAUAGUUCAAAUAUUAAUUGAAGCCGGUGCAGGAUCAAAGUGCAAUUCAGCUCUUAAUGCUGCCAUCGAAGAGGGAAACAAUGAUAUUGCUUUGGAUCUAAUAAAGCAUUAUAAAGUUUGCAAAAGAAUGAAAUCUGACUUGUCACCCCUCGUUCAGGCAGCUAAAUCGGGAAAUGUUACAAUUUUUAAAGAAUUGUUUAUCAACUGUUCGAAGGUGGAAUGUUCAUAUAUAGCUGAAAAAGUUCCAUUGCAAGGAGUAAUACUGAGAGGCCAUGUCGACGUUGCACUCAUGCUGAUUAAGCAUGGAGCAUAUGCUAGCAAGGAAAAUGCAAGAGAAUUUAAUCCAUUAUACAUCGCCUCAGAAAAAGGCUAUUCAUCUAUUGUAUUUGCUCUUAUUCACUCAGGGGCGAAACCUAAUGAGCGAUUAAAAAGGGGAAAUAAGGCUUUUCCUCUUUAUAUAGCUGCUAAGAAUGGUCAUACAAACGUUGUCAAAGUGUUACUUAAAGCAGGAGCAAACAUGGAAAUGAAAACUAAUGAAGGCUUUACAGCUCUUAAGAUAGCAAUAUUGGAAAACAAACCAGAUGUUUCAAGAUGUUUGGUCGAUGCCGAAAAUUUGAAGGAAAACUUGCGGGGAAACUAUCACCUUUUUGAGACCUUGCAAAGCUUUAGAAGAGCACAGUUUCAUCUAAACGAGUUUGACAACAUCGUUCCAAAAAGAAAAAUCAAUUUUCUUGUGCAAAAUAAUGGGGACAUGAUGGAAAAUAUCAUAUGUAAAGAUUACAUACAUCUCAGACAUAUGAUAGAUCUUGGAUUAGACCCAAAUGAUAACUUAGCAAUAUAUGAGGAUUCUUCGAGAAAUACGUAUAAGAAAUCAUUGUUAUCCCUUUUCAUAGAUAAAUGGCUCAAAUCAACACAGAGAAUAAAGAAGAUAGAACUAUUAGCCCAACGAGGAGCUAAAUUUAAUUUCCAAGAUCUUCGCCAAAUGCCAAGUUGUGAGUGUGAUUCCUCUUUUCUGGAUGUGAUGAAUGAGAUUCGAUGUCAUAUCAGAAGAAACUCUUUUUAA